UACUAUAAAGGUAGGAGAUAUUUACAUUUGCUUCUUCUCCCUUUUGUUGAGAAUACAAUACAAUACAGACAUAUUCUCUCCAAUCUGCACCCACCCCCAUUCCACCUACCUUAUCUCUCUCUUUCUCUUUAUCAUCGCCUCUCUCUCUCUUAAUCGUUCUUCACGAGAGAGAGAGAGACUCACACUAGCACACAUACAUGGACGCCAUCGUUCAAACCAGAGGCCUUCUUUCUCUCCCCACCAACCCCAAAACCAGGGUUUCGCAUCACCUCCAUCUAUCUCACGGCCUUAAACACCGUUUUCUCUCUCUAAAACCCAAACCCCUAUCCACCCCUUCUCUCUCCGCCGCCGCCGCCGUUAAAUUUCAUCCCUUUGGCCCAAAGCCCCAAAAUUUAUUCAUCUGCCGGGCCGAGGCCGCCGCGGCCGCAUAUGGGCCAGCCCAGCCCGCCUUCGGGGAACCCGAGGUCGCCGAAAAACCCAAGCUUUUGGGAAUCGAGAUCACCACCCUGAAGAAAAUCAUCCCUCUCGGUUUGAUGUUCUUCUGCAUCCUCUUCAAUUACACGAUUCUGAGAGACACAAAGGAUGUUCUGGUUGUUACUGCCAAAGGGAGCAGUGCGGAGAUUAUACCCUUUCUCAAAACGUGGGUGAACCUUCCCAUGGCCGUUGGGUUCAUGUUGCUGUACACAAAGCUAGCGAAUGUUUUGUCAAAGCAAGCUCUUUUCUACUCCGUGAUUCUUCCAUUCAUUGCUUUCUUUGGGGCUUUCGGGUUUGUGUUGUACCCUCUCAGCAACUAUAUUCACCCUGAGGCGUUUGCGGACAAGCUUCUCAACAUCCUCGGACCUAGGUUCCUUGGUCCCCUUGCGAUCAUGAGGAUUUGGAGCUUCUGUUUGUUCUAUGUCAUGGCUGAGUUGUGGGGGAGUGUGGUUAUUUCCGUGCUCUUUUGGGGGUUUGCCAAUCAGAUAACUACUAUAGAAGAAGCAAAACGAUUCUACCCACUGUUUGGACUUGGGGCCAAUGUAGCCCUUAUUUUCUCUGGCCGGACAGUGAAAUACUUUUCUAAUCUGAGGCAGAAUUUAGGUCCUGGAGUUGAUGGUUGGGCCAUCUCUCUGAAAGCAAUGAUGAGCAUAGUUGUGGGUAUGGGGUUUGCAAUUUGUUUCCUGUACUGGUGGGUGAACAAUUAUGUUCCUCUUCCUACACGCAGCAAGAAGAAGAAGGAGAAGCCCAAGAUGGGAACAAUGGAGAGCUUGAAGUUCUUGGUGUCUUCAAAGUACAUCAGAGAUCUUGCCACUUUAGUGGUUGCUUAUGGAAUCAGCAUCAAUCUUGUUGAGGUUACAUGGAAGUCUAAGCUCAAAGCUCAGUUUCCUAGUCCCAAUGAGUACUCUUCUUUUAUGGGUGACUUCUCUACUGCAACUGGAAUUGCCACAUUCACAAUGAUGCUUGUCAGCCAAUUUAUAUUUGACAAGUAUGGAUGGGGAGUUGCUGCCACAAUCACCCCUACGGUCCUGCUUUUGACAGGAGUUGGUUUCUUUUCUCUUAUAUUGUUUGGGGGCCCGCUUGCACCUGGUCUUGCAAGUCUUGGAAUGACUCCACUUCUAGCUGCUGUAUAUGUGGGUGCUUUGCAGAACAUAUUUAGCAAGAGUGCCAAGUACAGCUUAUUUGAUCCCUGCAAAGAAAUGGCCUACAUUCCAUUGGACGAGGAUACCAAGGUUAAAGGGAAGGCAGCCAUUGAUGUUGUGUGCAAUCCAUUGGGGAAGUCUGGAGGUGCCCUUAUCCAGCAAUUUAUGAUCUUGACUUUUGGGUCACUAGCUAAUUCAACCCCAUACUUGGGAGGAAUACUUCUGCUGAUUGUUUCUGCCUGGCUAGCUGCGGCGAAAUCCUUGGAUACCCAGUUUACUGCAUUGCGUAAAGAGGAAGAACUCGAGAAAGAGAUGGAAAGAGCAGCCACUGUCAAGAUACCAGUGGUGGCUGAGAGUGAGGGUGGAAAUGGUUCUCUAACAGCUGGUUCACCAUUGAAUCCAUCCUCAGGUGACUCCUCAAGUAGUCCAUCUGAAGCAUCGACUCCUCACAAUUAAAUGUGCUCUUCUUUCUGUGAAAAAUUGCCUCAGAAUGAAAAAAUAGAGCACUUUUGAGAGAAGUGUUAGAUGAAACUAUUUGUUGUAGGUUUAUAUAUAAGCUCUUAUAGAAUAAGCUUGCUAGCUACUUUCUCAAGUCAGAUAAUUUUUUUGUCCCCAUAGAUCAGGUGAUUUUCUUUACUUGUUAUCAUGGUUUACUGUUUUUAGUGAACCGCAAUUUGUUUUCCUAUGAAAGAUAGAAGUCAUUUAACUGUUCCGUAAUCUGUAUUUUUCCCUGUUUCUAUCAAUUGUGCCCUUUGAUUGGGUGAUAAGGACUUAGCGUGGGCUUAGCCUUUAUUUUGGGCUUCAUGAGUUGUUUUGUAGCCCACAAGUGUUCAAA